ACUAUCUUCUGCAACAAAACAUGGCCAAUUUAAUUCAGCGAACGUGUGAAUAUUUGCUUCUAAAGCCGUACGUACUCCAACGAUUCGAUAUCCGUUACGGCCACAAGCUUCGUGGUAAAGCGCCCGGCGUUGCGAAAACUCUAGCCGAACGUUUACAAGCUGAAAAGCUACAGGAUCCGGAAGUUACCCGACCGGUCAACAUUGGCUUUCCCUACGUUAAACCCUCCCGUUCGUCACAAUUGUCGGAGCGUCUGGCACACUUAAAAUCGCAAAGAAACAAUGCGACACUGGAGCGACUGUCACGGGAGCGAAAAUUGGAAGUUGAUCUCGAGCAGGUGCGAGACGAUUGGCUUAAAACCAGCGGUCCUUUUCAUGUGAAACGCAUUGCAGAGCAUUACGGCGUGUUCGAGCAUCUGUUCGGACGAUCGGCAUAUUUUGUGCCCCGGAUUGAGCUGAACAUUCAGUACCAGAUGGGUGAGUUGGUACAUCCGGUCCGGUAUGGCAAUAUUCUAAAGCCAAGCGAUACACAAACGGCUCCGAGCGUACAGUUUGAUGUAAACUUUACGUUUGCCGGCGAGAAAGCCGAUGAUCGGCAGCAGGAAAGUUGGUGGUGUCUGCUGUUGACCAAUCCCGACGGUCAUUUCGAGGACAGUGAAAAAGAAUACUGUCACUGGUUUGUCGGAAAUAUCCCGAAUGGAGACAUCUCGAAGGGUGAGGAGUUGAUAUCGUACCUUCAACCGUUCCCACCAAAAGGCACCGGUUAUCAUCGGCAUAUAUUCGUACUAUACAAACAAAAUGCUCGCAUCGAUUUCUCUCAGUACCGCCGGACGGAGACCUUCGAUCUGCCCGGGCGCACUUUCCGUACGCUUGAUUUCUACCGUCAGUAUCAGGAACUCAUCACACCCGCUGGUUUGGCAUUCUUCCAAUCGGACUGGGACGCCAGUUUACCCAGUUUCUAUCACGAAAAUCUUCAGCUGCAGCAUCCGGUGUUUGAGUAUGAUUUUCCCGCACCCUACAUUCGCGAGCAGGAAUGGUUCCCGCUGCGGAAACCUUUCAACCUGUACAUGGACAAAUAUCGCGAUUCGGCCCAAAUCCGGAAAGAGUAUCUGGCACGAAAGCUGGCCAAAACGCAUCCGUUCGACGGGCCCGAACCGGCGCUUCGCUUCCCUAAUGCGCAUCCAGUAAAAGAUGUCCCGUCGUGGUUGCGUACCGAAAUUAAAAAGGAUCGUCUUGGAUGGGGUCGGAUAAAUGAUAUCUAA